GGCGCGCUCACGCGAGGCGCGCUUGUGUGACAAGCACGCUCUUCGUGACUGUGCGUGACAUCCCGUAUACGCGGGAAGACAGCCGGCGGCUUCGACAACUCGUCCACAUCUCCUCCAUGGUCGUCCGCCUCCGCAUCUCGUUACACGGCCCCCGGAACAACAAAACCCAUCGGCUCGUCGCCAUCGAUGGGAGCGCGAGGCGCAAUGCCCACCCCAUCGAGGUCCUAGGCAUGUGGAAUCCGCGCACACAGCUGGGCGAGACCACCAAAACAGUUCGCUGGAGUGUGGAACGGAUACGGUACUGGUUAGGAGUGGGUGCACAGCCGUCAAAGACGGUGCAAGAGCUGCUGGACUUGGCUCGCAUUCAGCCUCCGGCCGCGAAAACCUCACAUAGCGAAGCUUCUGAAGCCUCAAAACCGGCUCAGAGCUCAUGACACGAUAACAGUUCAUGCCAUCGCCAGCAUCAUCUUGUCGAAGUCUCAGGUUCAUGGGUUUGAUGCGACCAUUAGGGGAUUUCGAAGAGAGGCAGGAGAUGUUUCGGCUUGGCAUGGUUGCACACACAUAUUCGCAGUAGCCCUUUAGCACACCUAUUAUUUCAUCAUGUCCGGAUACCUCUGCAAGCUCCUUCGCAGUGAGGUCAUCGUCGUCCUUGGGCUCCGUCAGGGAUGUCUAGUAUGCUAGAACACUGGCAG